CGCAUGCGCAGACCAGUGCGGGGAGCUGUCCGCGUCAGUCGGUGCUGAUGUGAAGCGGUCUCUCUCGAACCACAAACACAGUCCGCAGCGAUGGAGGAAGAGCUGAAAUGUCCCGUUUGCGGUUCCCUCUUCAAGGAGCCCAUCCUGCUGCCGUGCUCCCACAACGUCUGCCUGAUGUGCGCGCGGAACAUCACCGUGCAGACGCCGGACGGAGAGACGCCGGUGCAGAGCCGAGCCUCGGGCAGCUCGGACUACGACUACCUGGACAUGGACAAGAUGAGUCUGUACAGCGAGACGGACAGCGGCUACGGCUCCUUCACGCCGUGUCAGCUCAAGUCCCCGAACGGCGUGCGGGUCUUCCCGCCAGUCCUCCCUCAGCGGCACUGCUCCCUCACCUGCCCGCUGUGUCACCGGAGCGUCUCCCUGGACGAGCGCGGGCUCCGGGGUUUCCCACGGAACCGCCUGCUGGAGUCCAUCGUGGCGCGCUGUCAGCAGAAUCGCGCCUCCUCCUCCUCCUCUUCCUCCUCUUCAUCUGGAGCGCCCAAGUGUCAGCUGUGCGACCGGAACCCCGUGGACGCCACGGUGAUGUGCGAGCAGUGCGACGUGUAUUACUGCGGCGCGUGCCAGCAGCGGUGCCACCCGUCCCGCGGGCCGCUCGCCAAACACCGCCUGGUGCCGCCGCCGAGACAGGUGGCGGCGGGCGGCGCGGCCAUGGCGUCGGGGCAGCCGCCAGUGGCCGCGCGGAAGCCGGCGACGUGCGUGGACCACGAGGCGGAGAACUUCAGCAUGUACUGCUGCAGCUGCAGGGCUCCGGUCUGCACCAAGUGUCUGGAGGAGGGGAGGCACGGCAAGCACGACGUGAGACCGCUGGCGGUGAUGUGGAAGCAGCACAAAUGCCAGCUUUCCCAGGCUCUGAACGGCGUCUCCGACAAAGCUAAAGACGCUAAGGAGUUCCUGGUUCAGCUCAAGAACAUGCUUCAGCAGAUACAGGAGAAUGGAGUGGAGUUUGAAGCUUGCUUUGUGGCACAGUGUGACUCGCUGAUUGAGGCACUGACCAGACAGAAAGCUAAACUUCUCACCAAAGUCACAAAGGAGAAGGAGUACAAACUGAAGGUGGUGCGUGACCAAAUCACACACUGUACCAUGAAGCUGCGGCAGACCACCGGCAUGAUGGAGUACUGCUUAGAGGUCCUUAAGGAGAACGAUCCCAGUGGCUUUCUGCAGAUCUCUGAUGCCCUUAUCAAGCGUGUCACGUCCUCUCAGGACCAGUGGGUCAAGGGGGCGCUGGAGCCCAAGGUCAGCUCUGAUUUUGACCUUGUCCUCAACACAGACUCGCUCCUCCAAACCAUCCUGCAGCUGGACUUCUGCCACGGCAAAGAUGUGCAAGAGAAACCGUUAUUGAAACAAAUGCAGGCGGCAGACAGUUGUGAGGCUGAGAUGGAGGCUGAGAGCCCAGGAGUGGAGCCCGGACCUUCGGUGCCGCCAGCUCCCUUUCUUCAGCUGGAAAAAUGCUGCACCAGAAACAAUAGUGCCACACUGGCUUGGAGGGUUACGGCGCCGACUAGCACCCCUAUUGAUGGAUACAUCCUGGAACUGGACGACGGCAAUGGAGGACAAUACAGGGAGGUGUAUGUUGGGAGGGAGACGGUGUGCACGGUUGACGGGCUGCACUUUAACAGCUCCUACAAUGCCAGAGUGAAAGCCUACAACACCAUUGGUGUGGGUCCAUACAGCAAGACGGUAGUUCUCAAGACUUCCGAUGUGGCGUGGUUCACCUUUGACCCCUCCUCCGCUCACAGGGACAUUGUUCUGUCCAAUGAAAACCUGACAGUGUCCUGUAACAGCUACGAUGACCGCGUGGUGCUAGGCACCGCCGCCUUUUCCAAGGGAGUUCACUACUGGGAAGUCCGGAUUGAUCGCUAUGACAACCACCCAGACCCCGCCUUUGGAGUGGCGAGGAUCAACACCAUCAAAGACAUGAUGCUGGGGAAGGACGAUAAAGCUUGGGCCAUGUAUGUGGACAACAACCGCUCCUGGUUCAUGCACAACAACUCCCACACCAACAGAGCGGAGGGGGGCAUCAACAAGGGCUCAACGGUGGGAAUCCUGCUGGAUCUGGUCAAACGCACGCUAACGUUCUACAUCAACCAGAAGCAGCACGGACCGACCGCCUUUGAGAGCCUGGACGGCGUCUUCGUGCCGGCAGUCAGCCUCAACAGGAACGUGCAGGUCACCCUUGUGACGGGCCUCGAGGUACCAAAGAAUCUCAACCAGUGAAAGCUGCCCCCACCCUCCAGGUGACACCAACCAACAUGUUUCGCCUUGGUUCAGCUCCACGGGGGGCUUUUCCCAGAACAAUGGGGUUCAUCUCAUGUCAUCUAUGAUGUCUUAGAGGAAGGAAUGCGUUUUUAUUGGUGAACGUCUCACCAGAAACAUGUGACAGAAUUUGUGAGAUGUUUGCCCCCCAGUUUUUGCCCCAACAGCUCCUGGAUAAGUGCUGGUUUUCCUGUUAUCCCAGCUCGUGACAUUCCGGUUCUUCUGAGAACGCCUGAGACCAAACUGACAGCAGACAUGCUCACUGUGCAGGAAGAAGACACAACACUUUUUGUUCAGUUGUUAGAAAUGAUUUGACAACAUGUGUCAUUCUCAGGUUUAUUUCUGCACAAAAUAAUAGAAUUUUCUCUGCUUUUCAUUGGAAUCUUGUUGCCCUCCAAAGCUUCCUCCGUGCUAUUUUGUAUGACAACAAGUCGAGCACAAAGGCCGCUUGCUUUUCUUGUCAAAAAAUGUUUAGUCAGAGGAAGUUUGAGCUGAAUUUUAUUUUUCAUCAAUUUGACAAACCUACAAAUCCUGGGACUGAGCUCCUGCAGAACAUCUGAUUCGCUUCCUUAAAGUUUAUGUUUCCCUAAAAUUCUUCAAAAUUUCUAACAUUUUGUUAACACUUCAUGCAAAGUUAGUAUUAGUGAUCAGAGAAUCCAUUGGUCUAUUUUUACAAUGCACUCUCAAGAGUGGGCUAGUCCACCUGGAGGUAUCACGUAAGAGCUGCUUCUUUGGUGUUUAGCAAAGCAACUCCGUCCAGAACCGAUAAAAAAAGUACAAAAAACAAAAGCUGCGACGUUGAUAUGUGAUUGUUUUAUCCCGUAGUCGGGUUAAAAAUGAGGUAUUUUCCAACAUUGAUGAGAUUCAGGUUUCUUCAAAAAGUUCUGAGGCUGGUUCAGGUCUUUUUCAGCUAAUCUAUUUGCAUUCCCACUGUAGUGAACCACACCAGGGUUCACUUUCAAGUGCAUGAUUUGAGUUUGGGUUUUUGUCAGCACCCAGACUCGAAUGACAUUUAACAAAACGUUUACCAAAGAAAAAACAAACUGAUCCAGACCAAAAGGCCCAGUGUGAAAGCUCCAUCCGAUCUGGUCCCCAGUUUGUCGAGGGUCCUCUGGUCACUUAAGCCGGUUGUGUAAGCGGAAUUCCUAAACUUUAGAAAAAUUAUAUUUUAAAAACCUUUCAGAACGAUCAGCUUUUAAGCUUUUAAAUGUGAAUAAACAGUAACUUUCUAGCAGUUUCGUGUCCAAGAUGAGCUUCAAAUGGGACAUAGAACGUUAAUCGGAUUUUAAUUUUUGGGCGCCAUAUUUUUUCCCUGUAGCACAUCCUCUUGGGUUUGUGUGAUUCCCUGGUUCAGCUCGUGGGAUUGCUCUACUAUGUGGGUUAGUGCAGCUAAACUCAUGAUAUUUCAAGUGCACUGCCCCCUAUAGGACAGUGAUAGGAACUAAUCACACAUUUAACUAAAUUGGUAUCUGGCCUUUCUUCUUUCUAUCUACGAGUGGAAAGUAAAUAAAUAAAAGAAGGUACCCACUGUCACUUCCUGUAGUGUAGCGUGUAAAUCACUGAACUAAUGCAGCAAUUGUUUAAAAAAUAAUAAUAAAUUUAUCUUAAAAGAAAAAAAAA